GUGGCAGCUGGGCGUGCUGCAGAAGCGAGACAGAGCCCGCUGCAUCAGCCACCAGCCCGAGGAAUAACAUUAGUUCCAGCCUCACAAUGAGCUGUUUACUGGCCUUGGCUGCCUGUGGGAACGGCCAAGAAGAGCGGAGGAAAAGGACAGACAAACACAAUGCGAGCGGGACGCGCUAGAUGGGAGGCUGGGCUUUAAACUCGCCCUCAGGAUUUCAACCCUAUGGAACUGGAGAGGGCUGAAAGAGAAAUAAAAGGGCACUGGCUGCUCCGCAGCACAAACAGGCCGAGACAAAUCAGCCAUCUGCUGCACUGCUGCUGCCUGGAGAUCCCCGGUCCUGGCUGGAGGGCUGAUAGUGAAGAGACCCCCAAGAGCUCCCGCUGCCCGCAGACCCCCGCGCAGACGUCGGGCCCGUUCUUCCCGAGACGCGAUGACCGCAGCCCCCAGCAGUUCUGUUUCCUCUCCGAACAAAGGGAGGCUGAGAGCUGCCGGGCGCUCCGGAUUUUAAUGAUGAACGGCGAAGUUUUAGCAGCGAGAGCGCGCAGCCCACCCGCGUGGGAAUAGCUGGGCGCUGGCUGCAGCGCACGGAGGGGAUCCAUGGGGAACGGCGGCGAGGAACGGGUCCGAACCCGGAUGAAAGGAUGCACAAUGAGGACAUGGUAGCAAGGAUUCAAGCAGCCUUCCUGGAAUGCGUUUCAUCAGGAAGAAAAGAGGUGACUGCCUUAUUUUAUGGAUGGCACUGAAGUAGACUUUGACACUCUUUGGAAGCACACCACAGACUUGGCAUGGGAAACCACAGCAACAACCAUACCUGUUUGACAGAUGAUUCCUUUAAGUACAACUUGUAUGGAGCCGUGUACAGCGUGGUCUUCAUCCUCGGUCUGAUCACUAACUGCGCUUCCCUCUUUGUUUUCUGCUGCCGGAUGAAGAUGCGGAGCGAAACGGCCAUCUUCAUGACAAACCUGGCGGUUUCAGAUCUGCUGUUUGUGUUCACUUUGCCUUUUAAAAUCUUUUAUAACUUCAACAGGCAUUGGCCUUUUGGAGAUAGCCUGUGCAAGAUAUCUGGGACGGCGUUUCUCACCAACAUCUAUGGGAGCAUGCUGUUCCUCACCUGCAUCAGCGUUGACCGUUUCCUUGCAAUCGUCUAUCCGUUCCGAUCCCGUACCAUUAGGACCAGAAGAAAUUCAGCCAUAGUCUGUGCUGGUGUUUGGAUACUGGUCCUCAGCGGUGGAAUCUCAGCCUCGUUGUUCUCCACAACCAAUGUUUCCAACACCAGCACCACCUGUUUCGAAGGCUUUUCCAAACGUAUCUGGAAAACCUAUUUGUCUAAGAUCACUAUAUUUAUUGAGGUGGUGGGGUUCAUCAUUCCUUUGCUACUCAACCUCACGUGCUCUUCCUUAGUUCUCAGGACUCUCCGGAAACCUGCCACCUUGUCUCAGAUCGGGACAAACAAAGAGAAAGUAUUGAAGAUGAUCAUUGUGCACGUGGCCAUUUUUGUCGUGUGCUUCGUGCCUUAUAACUCCAUACUCUUCCUGUACGCUCUCGUGCGGUCCCAGGCGAUAGCAAACUGCUCCUUGGAGAGGUUUGCACGGACCAUGUACCCAAUCACAUUGUGCAUUGCAACCAUGAACUGCUGCUUUGACCCGUUCAUCUAUUACUUCACAUCAGAAUCCUUCCAGAAGUCUUUCAACAUAAAGACCCAGAUAAAAAUGGACUCUCUUUUCAAGACUGAGACCCCUCUAACAAAGACUGCUCUACCAGCACAGCAGGAUGAAAUAAGUGACCAGGCCAUUACAAACGGGGGAGAUCCAACCUCUGAAUCUCACUUCUAGUGCCACGUUGUCACACGCCUUAUCCCCCAUUACCAUUUGAUUAACGCCAGGUGUGAAACAGUUCUUUGAGAGCACAUGGGUUCUCGCACACUGCUAGUGAAUAAAAGUCACUGGGGAAUAACUGCACAGGUAGGUAAGGUCCUGUGGUGGGAUGGUCCCACCGAAUGUGAUAGCUGAACACAAAAUAUAAAAGUCCUGAUGGCACUCGUUAGAAUGGCUGAGUGACAACGUAUGUACCAGCAAAGGAGGGAACAGAACAGAUUCCUUAAUCAGAACAUGCAGAACAUGCCAACAUUUGGCAUUUCUUCUCCCCAGUGGUUGACAUGGGACCAGUUGGGAAAUACCAAGUUUAAUUUUUCUUAGAGAUAUCUGCCAGUAUUUCACGCCUUCUGGAAACGCAUCAUCGUAUGUUAACUCAGUAACUUCACACAAUAUGUAUGUUUGCUUAAAAAGGUAUAAUAAAGGCUUUGGGCUUUUCCUUAUUUCACUGCAAGAGUAUAUGCAUCCCAGCUUUACUAGAUACAGCCACGUUAAGUUUACUGUGUGGAAAGGUUUGGAGCGUACGUAAUUCUUUUGAAAGUAGGUAGAUCAGUUGCUUGGUGAUAUAAAAAAAAGCUAAAAGGUAAUUAAUGAUGCGGUUUCAAAGUAAGUUUCAUUCUGUAAGACUAAACUGUCUCUUAAUUUAUUUGUAACUCUCCCUAGAGAUGUCACUUAGGAGCACAUUACUGCUCUGUUACCUGGGCUUUUGUGUCCCAGGAGAUUGUGAGACUGUUUCUGGUAAGUCAGCUGAAGGAAAGGGCCUGGAACCCCACAGCUCUCACCAGCCCAAGCCUCUCCAAUGUGAGAGGCUCCUCCACACUGUGAGGCUGAAGAACCCUGGAGUGCCGCCCUUGUGAAAGAGCAUUUGGAUACAGACAAUUGGUGUCAGAGCAUCCAAUUAACAGAGGACAUCCAAUUAACAGAAGAUCUUGUCGGUAAUUGCCUGCUGGAUUUUUGCUGUACACUCAACUAAUUAAACUAAAAGAUCUCAAAGUAACUCCAGAAGAAGUUCAACGAGUUGGCCACACUCUUCUCCUCAUUACCACAAUGUUUCCUUGUUUUGCAAUUAAUUUAUUACAUAUCCUGCAUUUCCUUUUAUAGAAAUAGAUUAUAUAAAUAUAUGUGGAAAAUUAA